AGCGCUAUACAACUGUAACGGCGCGCUCAGAGAACGUCACAGAGCAUAUACGUCAGGCUCGCUACGGGGCCAUUGUUAGUGUGGGUUAUUCCCCCAGUUUAUAGGCAAGGUUUUGACGAUACAGUAUUUACCCAAAUCAAAGAUGUCUGCCUUCUGUUUGCGUCUAGGAUUCUGAUCAUCGGGCACUGCCAUCUGUCAUAUGAAGUUUUUUUGAAAACUGAGUCUAAAUCAGAAGCAGAAACAUCCGUUGAUACUUAAGAACAGAUAUGACUGCCUAUCAAUGUUCCAUUGGUCACCCUUGGAUAAUGGAUAUUCUUGCCAAAUAUAAGAAAAAUGUAAAAUACAAGCCUGUUACUGCCCAGGUGGUUGAGUUUGUAAAGAUGUCGGCUAUGUCCUCAGAUGACUCCCAAGGUGUAGCAGCAGUUGUACAUAUUUCUGAUAGAAAGUACUACAUCCGAGGCAUCAUCACAAAGGAAGCACAAGUAAUACUGGAAAGAGAGGAUGAGCACUUCACAUUGGGUGACAUCAAGAACAAAAUUAUCAUCCUGAAGAAUUAUAAUGUUGUUUUUACUGCAGUGGAAGACCUAAACAGUUGUGAAUUCUCCAUAACUGUUCACCAUUUCAGUAUAUUGCCGAUGGAAACAAAUAGUGUAGAUCUGUUGAACUGCAACAUGAACCCUGCAGUGAGAAGGAAGAUCAAAGAACUAUGGCAAAAUUACACGGCAGAACAGGCUAUGAAUGCAUCAUCAGCUGAUAUGAGUUUAUCAGAAAUAUCUCUUACUCAGCUACUGAAUAUUGCAUGUGAAGAAAGGCUCAGUGCUUUAAAGUCACUUGCAGAGCAGUGCCUCGAUAUUGACCAACCUUCUAACCAGGAUACCCCACAAGCCAUGACUAGGUGGGGAGAGGAAAUAAGGAAAAACACGGAUGCUAAUAAGUUUAAUAUCCCUUUGGAUUUACUCCUUAUUUCACCAGAUGAGGAAGCUGCUUUGGAACAGAUUACAGGUGCUACAGUGCAACAUUCAUCCUGUAAUGAUACUUAUGUGUCCAGUGAAAUGGAUGAUGCCAUAGCUGAGCAUCAUAGUGAAAAAGAGCCUUCCUCUCCCUCAUAUAGCACUGCAUUGUCAACUCAAAGUGAUGACUACUUUGAUGAUGUUCCUGCAACUCAGUCUGUGAAUCCUUGGAACAAAUUGCAGCCACUUAGCCUCACUUUGAGCUCUGUUUCCCAGGCAAAAGCCUCUUCCUCUGAAGCCCAGCAAAAUACAGAUGAAGAUACACUUGAAGAUUCAGAGAGUGGAGAGUCAAUUGCACAAACUUUACUAGGGCCUUCAGUUCGAGGAUCAUCUGGAAGCCAGCAGGAGAGUUCUCCUCUCAUUUUUUCAGACAGAAUGUGCAGACGAGAGGCAAUUGAAGAAUCCAGUGAUAUACAUGAAACGGUCACAACUCAAAGGCAGAAUGUUAGUAGCAACUCUGGCUUGACCAGUGGCCAAAGAAAAGUUAAUUCAGAUAGGACCACAAGCCCACCUCUAUUGUUACCUCUUAACAGAAUUUCCCUUAGUAGUAUUGCUCCAAUAAAGCGACAGAGCUCCCCUAAGAGGUUAUGUUCAAUUAUAUUAUCUGAUUCUGAAAGUGAGCCAAGUCACAGUAGCAUGAAACCCCUGGUCUGUCCUGAGGAAACUGCAAAAAAACAUGAAGACAAAAGGGAAUGUUACCCUCUGAGAGGGAGGAAGGCUAAGAGGAAGACAUUCUUUUCAGAUUCUGACACAUCACUUUCUGAUGCAGAAUCUCCCAAUUUGGAAUAUGAGCCUGUGCAAAAAAUGGAGCAGAACAAGUUUGAGAGCAAUGUGUCUUUAGUAGGACAGGACUUGAAUGUCCCAAAGUUAGUAGGAGAGGACUUGAAUGUUCCAGAUACACAUAAUGAAGCAGAAAAGGCUAGCAGUCAUAUGUUAGGGGGAAAAGACAGGGGAAAUCAUUGUUUGUUUAUUGAGAAAAAGCAGUGCAAAGAAGAAGGGGCAAUCAGACGUGUCUUAAAUCCUAAAUUGUGCACAAAAAAGAGCCCGAAUAAAACGAAACACAGUUGGCAAAGUAUAGAGAGCACCAGAUCAAAAGGGGAAAAUGCAAAAAUAGAAAGUGCUAGAGCAAGUACUACCAAGCAGAUAAAUGCAUCUGCAAAGAACCAAGCAAGGAACACCAGGAGUAAAGACAUUCAACUUACCCUUGAUUUCAGCAACACCAACAUGGUACACUAUGAUGGCACCCCUUUCCAAUAUACAUAUACCACUCCUUCUGCAGAACUCUGUUCCUGUGUAGAUACCAUAAGGCUUCCCGCAGACCUCUGUGAAUGGGCAAGAAAGAUUCUUUUGGAACCUGAGAAGCUGGUCUCUUGAAUAGAUUUCUUUCUGCAGUUAAACAGUAUUUUCAUGUUCUAAUUACACUGUGUUACAAACAGUCCAGUGAGCAGAUGCUCAGAGAAGCCAUUCCUAGCUAUGCAAUCUGACAAGCUGAUUGAUCUUUGCUUUGCUCAUUAGACUAUGUAGAAGCACUAGUAUAAUGCUAUUAACAUGUUCUUGCCAGACCACAGAACACUGCAAAAAAAUUUUUCUAAUGCUGGUUGAAUGUUAUUGUUGUUUUGUUUUUUCAUACACAUCCAGAUAGAUGAAACAUUUUCUUAUA